CGUCCAAGAUUUAAUCCAACGUAGUUAAAUAAACUAGAUCUGUAUUGUGCCUUUUUCCACAUUAGAAGAUAGUUAUGUUAUAUGAAAACAGUAUUGUGAUUAUAGGACUGUAUCUCUGGGUGUAGUGCUGACAAUACGUUAUGCAACCAAAAAUUGCAAAAACAAAAGAAAAUCCGCCUAAAAUGAGCGUCUACGUGCUUAUAUCACGUCAAAAAGGAGCUUGUGGAUACGUAUAUGACUCACUUUGGAGAUAGAGAUAUUAAAUCAUGUGUGAAUUGUGGUUUAUGUCCAAACAUUUCAGUGCAAUAUGCAGAAGUAGUUAAUAUCAAACUACCCCUCACUGUAAUAUCAGAGUUGAAGGACUGGGUCAGCGUUUGGUUUCUCAUGUCUUUACGUCCCGCAGGCCCGGGUGGGGAAGUGAAAGGUUAAAUACAACAAUGGGGGAGGUUUGUCAAGAGGUGAACUCUAAGUCAUGCCUUUCUGUCAUUUGGCGAGUCUGCAACUUUUUCAUGUCUUUAUUCUUCGCUCUUGCAACAUAUGUACAGAUCAAUGAUCCAGACGCAGGGUUAUGGAUGAUUGGUUAUGGUGUUCCUGCAGUCCUGUGUGCAUUAAUUGGCUUGACACCCCAUUUGACAGAGACUUUGCCCUGGAGACGUGUUGCUGAUCUCCAUGUGAUGAUUUCCAGCGCUAUUGUUGCCAUGUUGGGAUGGAGACUUUACAAAGAGCGAAUCACAGAGAUCUUCCAAGAGGAGCAGGGCAGAGAAUUUUCUGGUCUCAUGUUGACCAUUGUUUGGCUUCUCAUGUGUCGCCACUCCGGAAGGGCUCCAGUCGGGAUGCUCAGAGUCUCAACAGCUGUUGCCAUCACAGUCUUCCCCUUUGUGGCCUGGCUUUACUACUACAUCAAUAAGGAGCUGACAUCAAACUGGCCUUCACACUGUAAAACUGCCAUUUAGACACCCAACUUCUUACUGUUUUGUCUGAUUAAAUAUUCCUUUUGUUAUGUUCUUUGACUGAAAAUCCUGGACCAAGAAUGCUGCUCAAGUAAAACAUUUUGUAGUAUCAUUAAAUACAAACAUAUGACAACUAAGGUGCAUUUUGUAUCACUUAAAACAUGUAUUUUUAAUCCAAUGUUUACCUACAAACUGUGCUGCAUCAUAACAAACUGUCUUUCUCUUUAAAGUUUAAUCUCAUGUGGAAUUUAGAUUAUUUUUUUUUCUUCAGUCAAAUGAAGUGCAAUAUAUAAA